CGCUGCCGCGAGAGAAGUAAAGCACUGUUUUGUCCCUUUGCGCUCUCCAUAAGAAAACUUGGUCGGAGAGGGUCAAAGAGAUGGCGCCCUUUAGAAUAGGAAAGCUGACCAGCAUGCCUGUGAGUGUGAUAUAUGCAUCUGUAAGUGUACGUAUGGCCAAAGAAGAGGAAUCCAAAAAGCAGCUAGUAAGACCAGAGCAGCUCCCCAUAUAUACUGUGCCACCUCUUCAAUCUAAAUACAUUGAAGAGCAGCCUGGUUAUUUACAAAUGGGCUUUGCAUCUAUCCGCAGUACAACUGGUUCUUACAUUGGCUGGUGCAAGAGUACAUAUAUCUUUGUGAAAAAUGGAAUAAUGGAUACAGUACAAUUUGGAAAAGAUGCAUAUGCCUAUCUGAAGAAUCCUCCUCGAGAUUUUCUUCCAAAAUUGGGAGUGAUUACAGUUUCAGGAUUGGCAGGCUUGCUUUCAGCAAGAAAAGGUUCUAGAUUUAAGAAAAUUGCUUAUCCACUAGGACUGGCUACUUUAGGAGCAACUGUUUGUUACCCUGUUCAGUCAGUAAUAAUUGCUAAGGUAACUGGGAAAAAAGCAUAUGCUACAAGCCAGCAAAUUUAUGAAGCAUUUAAAUCAUUGUGGACAAAAAGCCCCCAAAAAGAAUCACUCCCGGAGCCUGAAGGAAAAUCUAAGCUAAGAAUAUCCGAUGAAAAAGAAAUACCUGCAGAAACAGCACACAUCCUGAAACACUCAGUGUCUUGGUCAACAGAAGUCAGUUCUGAAACAGUGAUGAAAUCAGAACCCACCUCAGGUACUACCCCAUUUAUGCCUGACCCUAAACUCAUGGAUCAUGGGCAGUCCCAUCCAGAAGAUGAAGAUAUGUACAGCACUAGAAGCUAAAGUAGACUGCAUAAAGAAGUACAAAAUGUGUGAAGUUGUGAAUGAUGAUGAAAAAAUUCAUGAAAUGGGUAACUGACAUACAGUGUAACUUAAAAUCA